GAGCGUUGAACAGCUGUGAAGUUGCUUUUACGAAUUUAAGCAGUUUUAACGGAGGAGUAGUAAAAAAAAACAAAAAAAAAAAACACAAACAAAAAAUAAAUUCCAAACAGCAUGGAUUUCUAUUAUAUGCCCGCUUCUGCGCCCUGCCGUGCCGUGCUCCUAACUGCUCAGUGCGUCGGCAUUGAGUUGAACAAGAUACUUCUCGAUUUGCGUGCUGGUGAGCACCUGACGCCCGAAUUCCUGAAGAUCAACCCACAACACACGGUCCCCACACUGGUCGACAAGGACUUUGCGCUCUGGGAAUCCCGCGCCAUCAUGAUCUACCUAGUGGAGCAAUAUGCCAAGACCGACUCACUCUACUCCCAGUGCCCCGAAACUCGUGCGCUCAUCAAUCAGCGUUUGUACUUUGAUAUGAACCUCGCUUUAACAUUCGGCAAGUACUUUUAUAAGCCUCUCAUGUCCAAGACCCCAUUCGAUCCAGAGCAGCGCAAGCAGUUGGAAACACAGUUGGAAUUAUUCAACACCUUGUUGGCAGGCAACAACUUCGUGAUUGGCGAGACGCUGACUUUGGCUGAUUUGGCACUUUUGGCCACAAUUAGCACCAUAGACGUGGCGCAAUGCCUAAAAGACUUCAACGUCAAUGUAAGAAAGUAUGCACACAUCCAAAAGUGGUAUGAGAACAUGCGAGCGGUCACACCUGGCUUCAAAGAGAAUCAAGAAGGUUGUUUAGAGAUGAAGAAAUUCUUAGAGGGCCAAUAAAUAUGUACAUGUGUGUAUGUGUGUGUCUAUAUGUACGGUUUGCAGUUUGUUUUUACAACUUUUAUAAAGUUCCGCAGUAUUGCCCAAAUAUGUACGAAUAUCCAUAUGUAUGUAUGUAUGUAAAUAAAUCUAUAUAUUCACAUUA